AGGGGAGGUUGAACUGGCCUCCCAUCGUGGUCCGCCAUGCCUGAGGCGUCCCGUUGGCACCGAGGCGGGAUUCCGAAACAUAGGCUGCCUUUCAGAAAGGAAGAAAUUAGAACCACACUUCAGGAGUUAUUACUCUAUAUUAUUUUUUUAAUAAACCUAUGUAUAUUGACAUUUGGAAUGAUAAACCCACACAUGUAUUACUUAAACAAAGUUAUGUCAUCUGUGUUUUUGGACACUUCUGUGCCUGGUGAUGAAAGAACCAACUUUAAGUCUAUUCACAGGACAGCUGAUUUUUGGAAGUUUAUGGAAGGACCCCUUUUGGAAGGUCUGUACUGGGACUCACAGUCCAAUGACAAAAGCAGUCACAUCUACUACGAGAACAUACUUCUAGGAGUCCCCAGAGUUCGUCAACUCAAAGUCCGAAACAACACGUGCAAGGUCUAUCCAUCUUUUCAGCCUUUAAUGACUGACUGUUAUGCCAAAUACACUUCUGAAAAUGAAGACAUAUCUGAUUUUGGCCUUAAACAUGAUCCUGAAUGGAAGUAUUCUGCUCCAAGUACCAAUUCCCCUUGGCACUGGGGAUUUGUUGGUGUUUACCACAGUGGGGGAUAUCUUUUCACUUUAUCAAAAUCAAAAUCUGACACCAAAACCAAGUUAAAUACCCUUCAACUGAACAGCUGGAUCACAAGAGGGACUCGAGUUGUUUUUAUUGACUUUUCAUUAUACAAUGCUAAUGUAAACCUGUUUUGCAUCAUCAGAUUGGUGGCAGAAUUCCCUGCAACUGGAGGAAUACUUACUUCGUGGCAGUUUUAUUCUGUGAAGCUCCUCAAAUAUGUUAGCUACUAUGAUUAUUUUAUUGCUUCCUGUGAAGUCAUAUUUUUAAUUUUUAUUAUUGUCUUCGCAACACAGGAAGGCAAAAAAAUAAAAGAAUUCAAGCUUGCCUAUUUCAAAAGUAUUUGGAACUGGCUAGAAUUACUACUUUUGAUAAUAUUCAAGUUCAUAAGCUUUAAUAAGACCAUGUUUCAGCUGUCAUCAACCUUGUCCCGCUGCAUCAAAGACAUAGUAGGACUUGCCACCAUGUUUUUUAUUGUGCUCUUUGCUUACGCCCAGUUAGGAUUUCUUCUUUUUGGAUCACAGGUUGACGACUUUUCCACUCUCCAAAAUUCCAUAUUUGCACAGUUUCGAAUUGUUCUUGGGGAUUUUAAUUUUGCUGGUAUCCAGCAAGCCAGUCCUGUCUUGGGACCCAUUUACUUCAUCACCUUCAUCUUUUUCGUGUUCUUUAUCCUGUUGAACAUGUUCUUGGCAAUAAUUAAUUAUACCUAUUCUGAAGUGAAAGCUGAUUAUUCAAUAGGCAGAAGGCCAGAUUUUGAACUCGGUAGCAUGAUUAAAAAGAGUUACAACAAUGUCCUCGAAAAACUCAGACUAAAGAAACCUCAAAAGGAUGAAGAUGAUAAAGGUAUAAAAAGCACAGAUUUGGCUGAAGAAGCCAGAAGAAAAGGCUUUGAUGAAAAUGAGAUUCGAAGUGCAGAGCAGAUGAAAAAAUGGAAAGAGAGGCUGGAGAAAAAAUAUUAUUCUACAGAAAUUCAAGAUGACUACCAGCCUGUCACUCAAGAAGAAUUUAAAGACCUGUUUUUAUAUGCUGUGGAGCUGGAGAAAGAAUUACACUACAUCAGUUCAAAACUAAACCGACUGAUGAGAAAGGUCUCAGCUCUACCCUACUGAGUGAA